AUGAACAAUCAGAACAACAACACUCCAUCAUCAAGCGUAGAUGUUAAAUCUAGCAAUAACGGAAAAGCAAGUACCACUUCAAUAACAGAAAAGAAAAAGACAACCAGACACAACAGAAAUACAUUGAAAAAGAAGCCAACCACAUCAUCACCAUCAUCACUCAACGGCAGUACUUAUUCACAAGGGGCUUCUGCUAAUAACGGCACAACACCUACCACCACUACCACUACCACCAAUUCCACCUCAUCCACCAUGACCUUCUCUGCUCAGCAAGUAUCACCAUCAUCAUCUCCACCCACUCCUUCCAAAGUCAUCUUCUUUAGAAGAAUUCCGGCUGAUACCACUCAAUCAGACCUCAAAGCUCUGUGCCAACCGUUCGGUGCUGUUACCAACAUAUUACUUUUAAAGAAUGGCCAGGCAUUGGUUCAAUUCGCAUACUUGGAUGAAGCUAUUGAUUUCAUUGAAGCAUACAACCAAGAUCCUCCUUCAUUUGUUAUUAGGGACACAAGAGUGAUUCCAAGUUACAGUAGCCAUAACGAACUUUCAAAAGGAUCAAUUUCGAAAUCUGACUCAAACUCUAAUCAAACAACAAACAAUGGAAAACAACAAGAACCAAAUCACAUUCUUUUGGUUACCAUCAGCAAAUCAAAAGCUAGUGAUGUUACAAUUGAUGCUCUCAAUGAGUUAUUCUCUAUUGAUGGAACAUGUCCUAUCCAAAAGAUUGUCAUGUUCAACAAAACUGCAGGAUUACAAGCAUUAAUUCAAUACUCAAAUGUGGAUGAUGCCGUUGAAGCUAGAAAACGAUUACAAGGAGCAACACCUUUCUCUCCACAGGAUCAACUUCUUAUUCAAUUCUCAAAUCUCAAAGAUUUGACUGUUCAUCAAAACAGUGAUAAGGCAAGAGACUACACCAAACAGUCAUCUAGUACUUCUACUCCUCCCAGCGUUGCUACUCCAUCCGCCUCUUCUCCAACAACAAACGUAGUUACAGCAACAACAACAAGUACUCCAUCCAUUAUGAAAAGAGUUGUUGUUGCAACAGGUACUAGUAGUAAUAAUAAUAAUUCUACUGCUAUCAACACCAACAAACCAAGCACAACUCCUACCACUACUACAUCAAGCACUUCUGCGACAGUCGGUUCUCCACCAUCACAACAACCAAUUGUUCAGCCUUUGCAGCAAGAUCCUCGUAGUCGUAGCAACUCUGCGUCUUCUGGUGUCUUUGAACAUCACCAAGUUAUCCAACCUCAACACGGAAUUCCUCAAACCAGUCCAACUAUUUCCUCAUUUAUGAACAAUAUCCCCUCCACUGCCAUUAAUGCACCACCUAAUGUUCCAACCACCAAUACUCCGAACCGUGUGCCAAUCGCUCAUUUAUCUGACAACAACAAUGCAAAUCUUAUAUCCUCAAGCAUCUUCUCAUAUGGUCCGUUCUCUCAUAGAGAUAGCUUUGCCUUCUCUUCUAAUAUUCCUUCAAGCCAACAUUCACAUCACCAUCAUCUUUCUCAUCCAUCCAGUGGUCAUAACCCAAGUAGCAGUUCUUCUCAUCAUCAUACACACAAUCAUCAUCAGACUAACUCUGUUCAAAACCAAUUUUUGAACCCUUCUUUUCUUGCCAGUCACCAACAAACUACCCAUCCUUUGGGCCACCAUCAGCCAUUCACUGCUGACAAUCUUAUAAUGCCCAGCAAUGGAGUGAUGGUUCUUCCCCAAAACGGAUCGCAAACAUCAAAUAGUGCUCCCAACAGUGCUACACAGUAUCGUUUGCUAAACAAUGGAUUUAGUCAAAUGACGAGAAGCAAUCCAUCAACUCCCUCAAAUCCCAAUCCAAAGAAUCCUAACAAUGCUAUUAACGGUAUUAUUUCUGCUCCAUCAUCUAGUUUACUUCCAACCGACAACAAUGCUGGUACCCUUCGAUUAAAUGUUAACAUUCCUCCUUCCUCAUCCAGCAAUCCAUCCAACACUCCAUCUUCAUCUGCUACAUUAGGAACAAUUGGUUCUAACAUUCCAAGCAGUAGAUUACUCUCUACUCCAAACACCCAAACCAAUACUCAUAGCCCAACAGAAGAGAAAGAAGAUACCACAGAACAAGAAGAGGAAGAAGAAGUUAUUGAUGAAAAUGAUUUGGAAUCAAAGGAUCCAAAUUCAGAGAAAUCAUCUGUUCUUUUGGUGUCCAACUUCAAUGACAAGAUUGUGAAUUGCGAUUUAUUGUUCAACUUGUUUUCAUGCUAUGGAUACAUUUAUAGAAUUAAGAUUUUUAAAACAAAACCUGAUCAUGCUCUUGUUCAAAUGGCUUCUCACAAACAGGCAUUGAAUGCUAUCAACAGUUUGAAGGGACUUCAAAUCUUUGGAAAAACUCUUUCUGUGAACUUUUCCAAGCAUACUUUUAUUAACAGCAGUAAGAGCGAUAGUAACAUGAAAGAUUUUACCAAAACAAAUCUAAACAGAUUCCCACGCAAUCUAUCAACUUCUCCUUCUUCCAACUCACCAACUACUGGCAAACAACACAAACUCUAUAUGUGUCAACCAACUCAAACUCUUCACAUUUCCAAUGUUCCUUUUGAAAAGGAUGAUAAAGGAAGAGAAAUCUUAACUAACAUUUUCUCCAAGUUUGGAGAAAUUGAAGGGCUAAGAGUUUUCAGACAUAAUGACAAGCCAAUGGCUUUGAUCAAAUUUAAAACAGUUACUGCAGCUGCUGAAGCACUUGCAUCUCUUCACAAUGAGACCGUUUCAGGAAAGCACAUGAAGGUUGCUUUUUCUCUUAAUACAGUCGUUACUCAGAACAACAACAAGAAGCAAUAA